AUGGCGGCUGCUAAAACAUCUCUCUUCCAAUUUCCAUUCCCAAUCCCCGUGGAUGUUUUAUCUGCUCCACAAAAGGACAAGGAUAAGCUUGUUCACGUUAAAUGGCGGACUAGAAAACGCUGCCCUUCCUUCUCCUUACUACGGAUAAGAGCAAGAGGAGCUGUUACAGUUCGUGAGCUUAAUGGAAUUUCAAUUCCCUCACAAACGGCGGCAGAUUUGCAGCGGGACUCCAUAUCUUUGCUCAACGAGAGGAUUCGCCGAGACCACAGUAAGCGAGACUCGUCGUCCUCCAAGCCGGUUAUGGACUCGGAGGAGGCUGAUAAGUACAUUCAGCUUGUCAAGGAGCAGCAGCAGAGGGGCCUCCAGAAGCUCAAGGGCGACAGGACUGAGGGGACUUCCGGCGGUGCCUUCAGUUAUAAAGUUGAUCCUUACACGCUCCGUUCCGGGGAUUAUGUCGUGCACAAGAAGGUAGGCGUUGGACGUUUUGUUGGCAUUAAAUUCGAUGUGCCCAAAGAUUCCUCUCAACCAAUUGAGUAUGUGUUCAUUGAGUACGCUGAUGGAAUGGCUAAGCUUCCUGUCAAACAGGCCUCCCGUAUGCUCUACCGCUAUAAUCUUCCAAAUGAAACCAAAAAGCCAAGGACUUUGAGCAAAUUGAACGACACUAGUGCAUGGGAGAAGAGAAGAAUAAAGGGAAAAGUUGCAAUACAGAAAAUGGUUGUCGACCUGAUGGAGCUGUAUCUACACAGGCUCAAACAAAGAAGGCCCCCCUACCCAAAGACUCCUGCCAUGGCUGAAUUUGAAUCUCAGUUUCCUUAUCAACCCACACCAGAUCAGAAACAGGCUUUCGUGGAUGUGGAGAAGGACUUGACGGAGAGAGAAAAUCCUAUGGACAGACUUAUCUGUGGAGAUGUUGGUUUUGGUAAAACUGAAGUUGCGCUACGUGCCAUCUUUUGUGUGAUCUCAGCUGGUAAGCAAGCCAUGGUUUUAGCACCAACAAUUGUUUUAGCCAAACAGCAUUUUGAUGUUAUCUCAGAGCGAUUCUCAAGAUAUCCUAGUAUCAAGGUUGGACUGCUGAGUAGGUUUCAGACCAAGUCAGAGAAAGAUGAGUAUCUACACAUGAUUAAACGUGGCCACUUGAACAUCAUUGUUGGAACUCAUUCAUUACUUGGCAGUCGUGUUGUAUACAACAAUCUCGGCCUUCUUGUUGUCGAUGAGGAGCAGAGGUUUGGCGUAAAACAAAAGGAAAAAAUUGCAUCAUUCAAAACUUCAGUUGACGUCCUCACACUUUCGGCGACGCCUAUUCCAAGAACCCUUUAUUUAGCACUGACUGGGUUCCGUGAUGCCAGUUUAAUAUCAACACCACCUCCAGAGAGGGUACCAAUAAGAACCCAUCUUUCAUCAUAUUCCAAAGGAAAAGUGAUAUCAGCGAUAAAGUAUGAGCUGGACCGUGGUGGCCAGGUUUUUUAUGUUUUGCCUCGUAUUAAAGGGCUUGAAGAGGUAAUGGAAUUUCUGGAACAAUCAUUUCCACACGUUGAAAUAGCAAUAGCUCAUGGAAAGCAAUACUCAAAGCAGCUUGAGGAAACCAUGGAACAAUUUGCACAAGGGAAUAUUAAGAUUUUGAUAUGCACAAACAUAGUUGAGAGCGGGCUUGAUAUUCAAAAUGCUAACACCAUCAUAAUUCAAGAUGUUCAGCAAUUUGGCCUUGCACAGUUGUAUCAGUUGCGUGGUAGAGUGGGUCGGGCAGAUAAGGAGGCUCAUGCACACUUAUUCUAUCCGGAUAAGUCACUGCUUUCUGACCAGGCUCGAGAGAGGCUUGCAGCUCUUGAAGAAUGUCGUGACCUUGGACAAGGUUUUCAACUUGCGGAAAGAGAUAUGGCCAUUAGAGGCUUUGGUAAUAUCUUUGGCGAGCAACAAACAGGGGAUGUUGGAAAUGUUGGCAUUGAUCUUUUCUUCGAAAUGCUUUUUGAGAGCCUGUCAAAGGUUGACGAACAUCGUGUAGUUUCAGUUCCUUACCAGUCAGUGCAGCUUGAUAUGAAUAUAAACCCACAUCUCCCCUCUGAGUACAUAAAUUAUUUGGAGAAUCCCUUGGAAAUAAUUGAUGAAGCUGAGAAAGCUGCUGAAAAAGACAUAUGGAGUUUGAUUCAGUUUACAGAAAACCUGCGCUGCCAACAUGGAAAAGAGCCUUACUCUAUGGAAAUUCUGUUGAAGAAGCUGUAUGUCAGGAGAAUGGCAGCAGAUUUAGGGAUUACUAGAAUAUAUGCUUCAGGUAAGAUGGUCGGCAUGGAAACAAGGAUGAGUAAAAAGGUUUUCAGGCUAAUAACAGAUUCAAUGGCAUCUGACAUGCAUCGAAAUUCUCUUGUUUUUGAGGAUAGCUUAAUCAAGGCUGAACUACUUUUGGAGCUACCGAGAGAACAGUUGCUCAAGUGGAUCUUCCAGUGCUUAGCUGAACUCUAUGCUUCACUACCGGCCUUGAUAAAAUAUUACGCCGAAGUGCUGAAUGAAACAACGAAGGAUUUAAUAUGA